AUGCUUGCUCCCGCUACCAUCCGAACGGCCGUCCGAGCUUCGCAAGCUUCGCAGGCUUCGCGUGUCGGCUCUGUCUCGCUCCCCGCUGUGCGACAGUUCAAGAGCACAUGGGCUCACGUCAAGGCCGGUCCGCCUGACCCGAUUCUCGGUGUCACUGAGGCCUUCAAGCGAGACCAGGACCCUCGAAAGAUCAACCUCGGUGUCGGCGCUUACCGUGACGAGAACGGCAAGCCUUACGUGCUCCCCUCGGUGCGACAGGCCGAAGAGCUCGUCAUCACCUCCAAGGGUGACAAGGAGUACCUCCCUAUCACUGGUCUCGCCGACUUUACCAAGAACGCUGCUAUCCUCGCUUACGGCAAGGACAGCGCUCCCGUGAAGGAGAAUCGGAUCGCCAUCACUCAGUCCAUCUCAGGUACCGGUGCUUUGCGCAUCGGUGGUGCUUUCCUCCAGCGCCACUACCCUGAAGCCAAGACCAUCUACCUUCCUACACCUUCGUGGGGUAACCACACUCCCAUCUUCCGUGACAGCGGACUGGAGGUGAAGCAGUACCGAUACUACGACAAGAACACGGUCGGUCUCGAUUUGAAGGGCAUGAUCGAGGACAUCAAGGCUGCACCUGCUGGCUCGAUUGUUUUGCUCCACGCCUGUGCUCACAACCCUACCGGUGUUGACCCUACUCUCGAGCAGUGGAAGGAGAUCAGCAAGGUUGUCAAGGAGAAAGGUCACUUGCCCUUCUUCGACAUGGCCUACCAGGGCUUCGCUAGUGGUGACACCGACAAGGACGCUUUCGCCGUUCGACACUUUGUUAAGGAGGGCCACCAGAUCGCUCUCUCGCAGUCUUUCGCCAAGAACAUGGGUCUCUACGGUGAACGUGUCGGCGCUUUCUCGAUCGUCUGCGCUGACGCUGACGAGCGUGCCCGCGUCGAGAGUCAGAUCAAGAUCAUUGUUCGACCUCUUUACUCGAACCCUCCCAUGCAUGGUGCCAAGAUCGCUGGUACCAUUCUUGCUGACCAGCAGCUGUACCAGCAGUGGCUCGAUGAGGUCAAGGGUAUGGCUGACCGCAUCAACGGCAUGCGAUCGACACUCAAGAACUUGCUCGUUCAGGACCUGAACUCAAAGCUCAACUGGGACCACAUCACCAACCAGAUCGGCAUGUUUGCUUUCCUCGGUAUCUCGCCAGAGCAGGUUGCUAAGCUGGUCAACGAGCACCACGUCUACUUGACCAGAGACGGCCGUAUCUCGGUGGCCGGCAUCACCAACCAGAACGUCAAGCACCUUGCUGAGUCGCUGCACAAGGUUAGCGAAUAA